CCCCCUCCGCGGGUGUAUAUAGCAGCAGCGCGGGGCGGAUUUCGUGGCGGGUAAGAUGGCGGCCGCCGGCACGCAAUCUUCGCAGCCACCGAAACUGCAGCAGCUGCUGGAGCGGGACCCCUACCUGGCCCCUUUCAAGGCGGACUUCCAGCGCAGGUAUUCUCUGUUUUACAACCGCUUGAAGAACAUUGAGGAAAAUGAAGGAGGCCUUGAUAAGUUUACAGAAAGCUACAAAACCUUUGGAGUUAACCAAUCUGUGGAUGGUGGAAUAUACUGCAAAGAGUGGGCACCAGGGGCAGAAGCAGUGUUUCUCACAGGUGACUUCAAUGGCUGGGAUCCAUUUUCUCAUCCAUAUAAGAAGAUGGAAUAUGGGAAGUGGGAAUUGUUCAUUCCACCUGGACAAGAUGGUUGUUCCCCUGUGCCCCAUGGAUCAAAGCUAAAGGUGGUGAUUCGUGCUCAAAACGGUGAGCUCCUCUAUCGUAUUUCGCCGUGGGCAAGAUAUGUAGUGCGUGAUGAAGACAAAGUGAACUACGAUUGGGUACACUGGAAUCCACCACAGUCAUAUAUACAUAAACAUCCUUCUGCUAAAAGAUUAAAAAGCCUAAAAAUCUAUGAAUCUCAUGUGGGGAUUGCUUCCCCAGAAGGGAAAGUAGCUUCUUACAAGAACUUCACGUACAAUGUACUGCCUAGAAUAAAGGAUCUUGGAUAUAACUGUGUCCAGCUGAUGGCUAUUAUGGAACAUGCCUACUAUGCUAGUUUUGGUUAUCAGGUCACAAGUUUCUUUGCAGCAUCAAGCCGUUAUGGAACUCCAGAUGACCUCAAAGAAAUGAUUGAUGUUGCUCACUCAAUGGGCAUCACUGUGUUGCUGGAUGUUGUGCAUAGCCAUGCAUCAAAAAACUCUGAAGAUGGUCUCAAUAAAUUUGAUGGUACAGAUUAUUGUUUCUUCCAUUCUGGUUAUAAAGGAACUCAUCAGCUCUGGGACAGCAGGCUCUUUGACUAUUCACACUGGGAAGUUUUGAGAUUCCUGCUGUCUAAUUUGAGAAUGUGGAUCCAAGAGUAUCGUUUUGAUGGCUUCCGAUUUGAUGGUGUAACAUCUAUGCUGUAUCACCAUCAUGGAAUUGGCACAGGAUUCAGUGGAGAUUACAAUGAAUAUUUUGGCCUACAUGUGGAUGAAGAUGCUUUGUGUUAUCUAAUGCUGGCCAACCACAUGAUUAAUGUUUUGCAUCCGGAAUGCAUAACCAUAGCAGAGGAUGUUUCUGGAAUGCCAGCUCUUUGUCGUCCUGUCGCUGAAGGAGGAGGUGGUUUUGAUUAUCGACUAGCCAUGGCUAUUCCAGAUAAGUGGAUUCAGAUAAUCAAGGAGCUGAAAGAUGAGGACUGGAAUAUGGGCAAUAUUGUGCAUACACUAACAAACAGACGGUAUGAGGAAAAGUACAUUGCAUAUGCAGAGAGUCAUGACCAGGCACUUGUUGGUGAUAAGACAUUGGCAUUUCGACUGAUGGAUGCAGAGAUGUAUACAAACAUGAGUGUGCUCUCGCCUCUUACUCCAGUUAUUGAUCGUGGAAUACAGCUUCAUAAAAUGAUUCGUCUCAUUACUCAUGCACUUGGAGGAGAGAGCUAUCUGAACUUCAUGGGUAAUGAAUUUGGUCAUCCAGAAUGGCUUGACUUCCCCAGAAAAGGGAAUAAUGAGAGCUACCACUAUGCCAGAAGACAGUUUAAUCUUACUGAGGAUCACCUUCUUCGCUAUAGAUUUCUAAAUGCAUUUGAUAGAGAUAUGAAUAAAUUGGAGGAAAGAUUUGGCUGGCUUGCAUCUCCCCCGGCCUACGUGAGUGAAAAGCAUGAAGCCAAUAAGGUCAUAGCAUUUGAGAGGGCAGGUCUCAUUUUUAUAUUCAACUUCCAUCCGUAUCAAAGUUAUGUGGACUACAGAGUGGGUGUUGAAACUCCAGGAAAGUAUAAAAUCCUUUUGGACUCUGAUGCUGAUGAAUAUGGAGGACAUAAAAGGCUGGACCACAAUACAGAGUACUUCUCUGAGGAAUACCCUCACAAUUAUAGACCGAAUUCACUUAUGCAAUCCAAUUCACAGACCACCUCCAGCCAAAACCCUAGAGGAUGCCACAAGCGCUACGUAGAGGUGUACAUUCCAAGCAGAGUGGCUAUUGUGCUUCAGAAUAUGGAUAUCCCAAAAUGAAGUUCUCUGCCACUGGAGAAACAAGUCACAGAAGUGCUGAUACGCUGUACUGGUACUAAGCAUAACAAAACUUGCUCUAGGGAAGCUUUCUGAAACUGAAUAUAGUAAAAUUAGGUGUUUUAAAUGUUAGGUUAAUAUUCACAUAUAAUUGCAGAGCUCUUGACUUGCUAGAAACUCUUUUGAGGAAACUACAGAAGAGGCAGGAAGGAAAAUGUUGGCUUUGUAGUUCUGUAGUACAAAAUCACAUUUAAGAUAUUGCAAACCAGGAGGUAUGCUCGAUUAAAUUGUUGUUUACAGAAUUCUAUCAGGAAUAUCAAGAGUGAUCCUGCUCCAAAGUUUGUAAUUUCUUAUAACCCUUGUUUUGAUAGUGAAUUCAAAUGUUCAUUGUAUAUCAAUGCUUCUCUACAAAAGUAGGUAGUUCGCUUAAAUGAAACAAGUUUUUGGCUAAAAGGCAGCCUAAACAGUUUGGGGGAUCUCAUCUGAGGCUCCUCUUCUUCAAAGAAGUCCAACAUGGGAUUAGAAAUGUUUCUCCAAAAAUAGUUGAUAAGGUCCUCUGAGGGUAUUGUACUUUGCCAUUUUUUUUUCCACUCAACUAAAAUUGCACAAAAAUGCCAAACAACAAAACGAGCAGGUCAGUUGUCUGGUGGCCUGCUGAUGCUAUUGUGUGCAUUGCUUAUUUGCUCCCAAUCAAAUAUGCAUCUCACUGGAUAACAGCUGAAAAGAUCACUUGCACAACCAUUUUAUUGAGAUGAAUAAAACAUUCAGUGAGAAAGGUACUUUGUUCUUACUGCAAUGGUACCACGCUGCAGGGUGUACUUUAAACGCCAUUCUUCCCAUUGCAUUUGUUUCACUAAUGUCAGGACCUUGCCAUUUGUUUCACUAAUAUCAGGACCUUGCAACACUGAUUUCACUCUUUCUAGAAGCUGCCUUUCAGCUUGGAACAUGAUGAUGUUCUUGCACUUUUAUAUAACUUUUGAAACAUUGCUUCCCGUGAAGAAGCAGUCUCAAAACACAGUGAUCAAACUAAGGUGUUUUGUUGUUUCUUUUUUUUUUUUUCAAUCAGAUCAAGGUAGUUAAUUACUGGAGUGCUGCUAAGAUUAUUCAAGUGAGUUCUUUCAUGAGCUACAACUCUUUUUUUGUAAAGAGUAAGAUUUUGUAUAUUUGAAGCUGUAUUGCAGAGUAUUCUGGAAGUAUAAUCCCAAAUGAACGAAACAUGCUUUAUUUUGUUCCAUUUAUUUAAAAAACAAAUAAAAGGAAUAUUUGAAUUGGUUCUGAGGUGCA